AUGGAUAGCAGAUACGCGAUUAUCCAUGAAAGUUCCGACCCUGUACCUGAUGAUCUCGUGACGUCCAUAGUCACAAACAGAGCAGAUGAUGAUCACCCUACUCCGAGAAAGUCCCCUCAAUCGUCAUCCUGGAGACGAAACACAAAAGAAGGCACCACAUACGCUUCAAUUCCCAUUAUAGCAUUGGAUGAGCUCAACCAUACAGCCGACGGUAGCCAAUUUUCACACUCAAUUGAAGUCUUCGCUGGAGCAGAGCCUCAAGAUCUACCUUCGGUCGACAUCGGGUCUGAUACCAAAUUGCAGUGCCUUCUCGCGAUAGCCUUUGGGGUAGUGUGCUUUUCGGCCUGUAUUAUCUGCAGCAUUGUCUUCUUGUCGACUAGGGCCGAUAUAAUGGUUUAUCUACCAAAUGGCUUACCUGGCGAGGCCCUCUCCUUUAUCGUCAAUAUCAUCCUCACCCAAUGUCUGGAAGGCUUAGCGUAUGUUCAUUCAAUAUCUCUUCGCUGGGCCCUUCUCAAGGAGAAUCGACUCGUAUUCAACACCAACAUUCGCUUGAUCACUAGCUCGAGUAUCUCGAGGCCUAAUAGCUGGUACAUCAACUCCAUCUCAGCGAUGCUUCUGAUUCUUUGCUAUGGGGCUACUUCAACGCUUGUCAUGCCCCGAUUCAGCUUAGAUAUGGGCACAUCUUACGAGUCGCACUUGAACCUGAUCGCCUUGCUGGCACUUGGACUCGCUCUGUUCGGUCAAACCCUGCUCGCCGUCUGGUGCUAUUAUGACAAUCUUCGCGAUAUUCCCUCGUGGAGCUCAAACCCAUUGAACACUACAAUCACCAUGAUGAACCAACAGUCUGUACAACAUAGAGAAGGCCGCUGUAUAGGCUCGGUUCAGGUCCGAGAGACGUCAGAGGCAAGACCAAUGCUCCCGCAUACGAAACAGCCGAGUCAAUGGCAAAUCAGCACUUCCGCAAGGCACGCUAUGAUAUUCAUCUGGGCACUGACUGGAUUAUCUAUCGUCUGGUUCUUGAUAAUUGUCCUCGUCGCACGAUCCAACAUGAUAAGUACGAUCAAUGAAGUCCACCCUCAGGCCAAUUCGAUAUGGCCGUCGACGUGGCAUUUUUCAUUGGCUUGGAAACCUUCUGCAAACCUCAUUGUGGGGAGUAUAUCCAUGACUACCUACUUCAACGCGGUUUUCUUCAGUCUGGAUUAUAUCGAGCCGAUGUCUUUCAUUUCUGCACUUAUCGUCAGUCUUCUGUUUGUCUGCAUAAUCCAAGGGUUGCAAACUCUUGGGCUCCACUGUGCAGAGCUCACCAUCAAUCUAUCCCGAGAUGAAGAUGUAUGGAGAGAUCUUGACGCUCAAGGCCACCCUGGCCGCACAAAAAAUGUUCUCGCGACCCCUCCCUUCCUAGCUGCCCUGAUGAGCUGGAAGUACGGCAUGCUCAUAAUCUUUAAAUCCCUUCUGCAUUGGCUGCUCGGUCAGUCUACGCAGUCUUCCUUCUCUGCUUUUCCUGGACCAGAGAGGGUUUGGUUCACCAUGAACUACGCUCGUUUGUUCGUUUACGUUAUCUGCACCACUGCAUUUGCGUCAGCUCUUAUGUUUCUUACGCUCAAGAAGCCGAAAGGCCCCCAGCCGGCAACGUACGGUCAUAUACAGACUCUUGCAGACGUUAUUGACGACUGGACCUUGGACAAAAAUGGACAGUUUUGGUGGGGAGACAAAGGCUGUAGGGAACAAGUUCGGCACGCUGGGAUGAGUUCUCGGAAGGAAGAUCUGGGACCGAUACAUAUGAAUGCUCGCUAUGCUGGUGAGGUGAGUAGCAGAUGCCUUUAUAUUCGGAAGGCAGAGUGCUAA